CUUAUCGGUAAUCGGUGUGCAACUGUAUACGCAUAUAUAUAUAUAUAUUCAAAGUGAAAAUACAUGUAUCCUGGAAUUUCAGUAACAAUUUCCAAACAAUAUUCACACGGCAUUGUGUCUCUGCAGUUGUACCGUUCGUCUAAACGUUUCGGCACGAGGGGUUGGGGGUGCGGACGGAGCGGGGGGUAAACGGACGGUACCGAUUGAGACGAAUCGACCGUGAAGUUUACGCGCAGACGAAUUCGCACGACCAGCGGGUCCGUAUCGUACUCAGUGCAAGUGCGAUCUAUCUACGACGUAGCACCACGCGGUCGUAGUGCGCGCAGUCAGGGUUAGUCGGGGUACGAUACAAUGAUGUGCGGUCGUUAGCCGGUCGUGCUCGUACGAUUCAUUUCACGUACCGGACACGUAUACACCAAGCAUUUUACGAGGUGAUCUUUUUUUUUUUUUUUGUUCUUCCCUCGCGGACGAUAUUCGAGUACGCGAGAAGUAAGAGGGUUUGAAUUCCGGCAACAGCACCAACGGGACGACAACGGUUAUCGGGUGACUCGGUCAAGUGUUUGAAGGGCCGAGGACACGUACGGCGUGUAGUGGACGGGACAGGACAACUGGACGUGUAGGAUCGCAAGUACAAAACCAUCGCAACCGUUCACCGACCGGUAAAGGAAAUUUCAGAAUAAUGAUUAUCAAGUAAACUUGGUCUAACUUAUUGAGCGCAUUUCUUUUAAAUAUAGGAAAUAUGAAAAAUUAUUAUGGGAAGCAACAAGAAAAAAGUAGCAUAAAACAAAAAUAUUACUACUAAAGCAUUAAGACAUUAAUUUUUCAUGAUGGUUUUGAAUAAUACUACUAGUGUUGUUACGUAUUAUAUCUUGUAUUAUUCCUUGAAAACUAUAUGCUAAUCGAAAAAAGUUUUUGAAUGAAAAUUAUGAAGAAAAAACUCGUGGUAAUCGAAACCUUGGUUUUGAUAUUGAUAAAUGCAUUCAUUAACAAUGUUUCUGGCGUAUUUUUUGGUUCUAAUGAUAUAUCUUAUUGGAGAUGCAAAAUUAAACAAUCAUUUCACUGUCCUAAUCCUGAUGUGACAUUUUACUUAUACACAAGCGAUUAUAGGAGAAGAAUGAAAAUUGAUAUGAGAAAUAAGAGGUCGUUGUACAAUAGUAGUUGGGACCCAAAUAAAAAAAACGUUAUCAUAAUUCAUGGAUUCAAUGGAGCCGAAAAUAAUAAAGUUAUGGUUCUACUUAGAAACGCCUACUUGGAACGCGGAGACUUUAACGUGUUCAUGGUGGAUUGGAGUCCGUUAACAGUCUACCCUUGUUACUUGUCUUCGUUGAGGAACUCACGAUUAGUGGGCCAGUGUUCCGCUCAACUCUACGCGUAUUUAAUUUAUUCGGGCAUUUCUAAAUUUCAACUUCAUUGUGUUGGGCAUAGCCUGGGCGCUCACAUAUGUGGAAUGAUCAGCAAUCACUUGACGGAGAAACAGCAUAAAAUUAUCGGUUUGGAUCCGGCAAAACCACUAAUAGACUUAUUUUUAAUGGAAGAAUUCCGAUUAACAAAGAAUGAUGCUGAUUUUGUUGAAGUUAUUCACACAAACUCUGGAGCUUAUGGAGAGAACCCUCAAAUAGGACACGUUGACUUUUCUAUUAACGGAGGUCGUAUGCAACCAAGUUGCAUUCACCAACCAAAUAUCAUAAAGCGAUCCCGUUGUAGUCACUUCAAGAGUGUAUGUUAUUUUGCAUCAUCUCUUUCGAAAAGGGGCAACAAAUUUUUGGGUUUGCAAUGCACGGAAACCUGUGACAUGGUGAUUCUUCCGAAGGGGUCAAAUCGAAUCAGUCUUUUACCAAUGGGUAUAGAAACACCAGUGUGGGCGAGAGGUACAUUUUACGUCGCUUAUGAUGAUCCAGAUAAUUUUUGCCGGUAUGAUGAAUAAUAAGUUAAAUUUUAUAUUAAUGUUAAUAAUACAAUUAUUAUGUAUAAUUGUUGGAA